AUGGAGAAAUCCAAAGUGCGCACUAUGAGCCCCCAGGUUGGCUUUGUCAAGAUGACAGAGCUAAAGAAUGACAAGGACCCUGGAAAGGCAGAGAAACCGAUGAUUCACCUGAACUUCCUGGGGCCCGACACCAGCAGGGGCCGUGACCGGGCCAGAGCUGCUGCAGAGCUAACCGGCUCUGAGCGCGGGGCUGGCCUGGCCCAGCCUGACAUGGGGCACCGGCCAAGGCCCCCCAGGCAGCCAGGACUCCCGGCUCAGACACGGGGCACCUGCCGCGAGGGGACCCCCCACCCCACGUGGGGCAACUGCAGCUGCGACGACACAGAGCCCAUGGAAGGGAGCCGGGACGUCACCCCUCUACCCCCAGGCCCUGUUUUGGCAGAUCUCACGCAAGGGUCACUUCAAUCUGUAUCUGCUGCUUCCCUGUGGCUCUUGUCCGAGACCUGCCACACCGGCCUUCACCCUCUGCACUCACACCCACCCACGGGUCACGACGACCCGGGAAACCGCAGCACGCUGAGCCGUUCCAAAGCCCCCAAGCUCGCACCUGGUCCGCAGGGUAAGAUCAACCUUCCCGGUGGGGAGACGGGCCCCUCCGGAGCCGCCAGCCUCGUGCCCUGCUCCCUCCAUUCCACACGGCCACGCGGGGCGGCUGUCGGGCACCUGCAGGAGCCGCACUGCCCAAGCCUCGCAGCUGGCUGGCCCUCCCUGGCGGGCCCCUCGCCGCGGUCUUCCCACGUGCCCCACAGGCACGAGGACCCCGCGAGGUGGGCGCCGCAAUCCCCUGCACCCACGGCGGGGGAGGUGGCGGCAGGAGGUGGCGGCAGGCCGAGCGCCCGGAGCCCCAGAGCCCGCACCCCGAGGCCUCAGUGCAGGCGGCACGGCGGGCUCCACCGCAGCUCGUGGAGGCACAGGGGAGGGUGUGCCUCACAGGGCAGCCCCGGGGCGCCCGCCACAGCGGGACGGAGAGUCCAGCAGCGCACCGGGCGGCUCCGGCCGGCUGCCCGUGCAAGAUGCCGCCUGGGAGAACUUGUCGCAGAGAUCACCGCGCACUGGGUCCUUACCCUGGGGCUGGAGCCAGAGAUGAGGGCCGGCCCGGCGCUGGAGGAGCCGCAGCAGCAGGGCGGCCCGCGGGCAGCCAAGGAGGCGGCUUCGAUGCGCCGCACGAACAAGGCCAUGGCAGGGGCGGAGAGCCUCCUCCCCACGAAGGGCCUUCUGCGCCCAAAGCCAGGCGGCCGUGAGCACAGCGCGGUGGGUGGCUGGACGCCCAGUGGCACCUGCCGCUCUGGGUGCAGCGCUUGGGAGCGGGCCGCAAAUCCCUGUGACCCUAAGUCCCUGUUCCCGCUCCCCAGCACAGAGCAGGAGGUGGCAGUGCAGACUCCAAGACAGGACCAACCCCGCUGGGUCCAGCCCGUGGCGCGCACGUUCCGGGAGCACGGGGAGAGCGCCGGCUUCGGCCGGGACUGCUGCUGCCUCCGGACACCCUCCUCGACCCCACAAGGCCCAAGGGGGACGCUGAGCAGGCCCGUCACCACCUACCAGCCAAACCCCACGGGCUGGCACCGACCCGGGAGCCCCCAGUUGGGCAGCAGCGUACAGAGGGCCCUGGAGAGGCGGUGGGGCCGGGUGGGAGUGCGGACAGCAGGAGCUCCCCGAGGAGGCCCAAGGAGGCCCAAGGAGGCCCAAGGAGGCCCAAGGAGGCCCGAGGAGGCCCAAGGAGGCUCAAGGAGGCCCAAGGAGGCCCGAGGAGGCCCGAGAGGCAAGUCUCCAGCAGGAGGGAGGAAGCCACCAGAGCCCCCGGCGGCCAGGUGGAAGGAUCCAGGUGAAGGCGGCGCAGCAGAAGCUUCCAGAAUGGGGUCCUGCCAGUCGGAACUGCUCUGUAAGGCUGGCCAGGGCCUUGCGACCACCCCCCUUGGAGCCCAAGACCACCUGCCUGGAGCACAAGGAACCUUCUCACCUGCGGAAAACAGCUUUGUCGACAUUUCCGUUCAUUCCCCGCACCCCCUCUGCCUGAGGGCCGAGGCCCAUGAGGGCUGCUGGGCAGGGGAGGGUGCUGGGCUCCUGCACCCAGUGACCCAGGGGCCCCCGGCCCGCGGGCAGCAGUGCAGGCAGGAAGCCCGGGGUCGUGCGGGCCAGUCCAAGGCCUCCCCGGGCAUCCUGGAAGGCACCUGUGGGGUCCCCCGCCCAAGCCGCCGCCCGGGCCUCCCCAAGUCCCUAAGGACUCGCGACCCGGCCUGGGCCGGCUGGGCCCCGAUGACACAGAGUCCAGAGAGGACCCGAACACCUCCCGGGCCUGCCCUGGGCCUGCCCUGGGCCUGCCCUUGCCGAGGCUGCUGCACUGCAGAGACAUGA